UCUAACCUAUAAAUUUUUAAUUAAGUGCUACAUUAAAAAAAUUAAAAUUGUACAGAAUGAAAUUGUUUCAAGUAUUAUUUCGGCGUUCCCACAUGCCAAAUGGACAUAUACAUCGAGGAAAAGAAAAGCUAAUUAAGCAACCAACAAUGAAAGAUCUUCAAGAUUUGAAAAAUAAAUUAGCAAUCGAAGAGGAAAAUAUGUUUUACUUGAGACAUUCUUACUUAACUCCAGAACAAUCUCACGGUCAUGCCCUAGCCCUCGACAAACAGGAGCAACGAAUGAAACGAUUAAUUCAAGUUAAAAAGGAAUUCAAGGAUGAUGUAACUAUUGAAUCUAGAUUAGGACAUCUUAGACAUAAAGAAGCAUGGGACUGAGUAAACAUUUCGGUAGUUUUUUGGCGAAAGUAAGUUAUAUUUCAGAACUGUACCAGUUAUUUCAUAGCAUUUAGAUUAAUGUGAAUAUAUUUAGCUUGAACAAACAA